UUUAGAUGUGUGACCUGCCCCAUAGCUCUCUCGCUCUCUGCAUUUAUCACAUCACAUUGCAUCCAGCAAGACAGCCCCCCUCCUCCUGGUUCAUUAGGAGAUGUGAUUCCAAGUGGCUCCUGUUGUCAGCUGCUGUCUGGGCCAAGAUCUCUCUCUGCUCCCUGCUCCCCUGAGCAGAGCAGCCACAGGCAGAGCAGUGGCGCUCCUCAGAAGAGAGCCCCCCCACCCCCACCCAGACAGACUCUUGCUUCUCACCUCCUCAGUGGCUGGGAAGAGUUAAUACCCAUUGCAUCUCAGUCCCCUGCACGGGUGCAGAGGAGCUCCUAAGCCCGUGAACCAGCCCAUUGGCAGAGACCUGCAGGCCAUGAGGAGCGGCCAGAGACAGAGCCCAUGGGCCAUAGAUGCUCCCAGGAACCCAAAUUUCUAGAGGCUCCAGUGGCUGGAAAUGGCUGCCUGACUUGGGGACAAGCUGGGGUUCACAUGGGGCAGAGAUGAAGGAAAUGCCCCUGCUGUUGGGGGACAAAGUUCCAGAAAAGUGUCCUGAGGACAAGCCUUCACACAAAGUCUAAUAUACGCGUGAGAGGAGGCAACAGGGUCUAUCCCUGUGCCCUGCAGCCUGACCCCUGGCCCUAACAUCCCUACAGACCAGCCCAAGGGGUGCCACACUCCGGGGGCCUGCAUGGCCGCUUUGCUGAUGCCACGCAGGAACAAAGGGAUGAGGACACGACUGGGAUGCUUGUCUCACAAGUCAGAUUCAUGUAGUGACUUCACAGCCAUUCUUCCCGACAAACCCAACAGGGCUCUGAAGAGGCUUUCAACAGAAGAAGCUACAAGGUGGGCAGAUUCCUUUGAUGUGCUUCUCUCCCAUAAGUAUGGAGUGGCUGCAUUUCGAGCCUUCCUGAAGACCGAGUUCAGUGAGGAGAACCUAGAGUUCUGGCUGGCCUGUGAGGAGUUCAAGAAGACCAGAUCGACUGCCAAACUGGUCUCUAAGGCCCAUCGGAUCUUUGAGGAGUUCGUGGAUGUGCAGGCACCACGAGAGGUGAACAUAGACUUCCAGACCCGAGAAGCCACAAGGAAGAACAUGCAGGAGCCUUCCCUGACAUGCUUUGACCAAGCCCAGGGGAAGGUACACAGCCUCAUGGAGAAGGACUCUUACCCCAGGUUCCUGAGGUCCAAAAUGUACUUAGAUCUGCUGUCCCAAAGCCAGAGAAGGCUCAGUUAGACCUUGGAUGGGGACACUUGGAAAUCAUCGGCUUUCCCCCUCCCCUUGCUGCCAAGACCAUAUUCUAAAGUGAACCUUCAUAGGGUGCAAAAGCAGUGGCACUUAUAGGGCAUAAGACUGGGUGGUAGGGAAAGGAAUGGAACGGCAUUCCGGAGUAGGAUCCAGUCCCUAGAGCUCAGAGUCCAUUUCAUCUGCCUACGUUUGUGUUUUGGUUAGCAGUAGCUCCUAGCUGCAGACUCCCUUUUGUGGGCCAGCAACUUGCCCUCCACAAUGCCCAGGGUCUUUUCCUCUGAGAAGGCAGGUUCUCUGUGCUGGGCGAAUCUGUAAAUAGUGCACAUGUGGUCCCCAUGCCCUGCUCAGGUAGGAUUCUGGACCCUUUCGCCAGUCCUCUACCCUGGGAAGGAACAGCUAGACGACCUGCUUACCUCUGUGAUUUGCUGUCACAACACAAUGGUUAGUCCCAGUUGCUGGGACCUCACAGCUUAUGGAGAAGUCUCUGUAGGACCCCAGAUUUCCAGUGCUGUCAUUGACAGGUAGCCUUUCAGGAGAAAGGGGCAACUCCAUGAAGUUGGCCAUGUCUUCCAUAUCCAUUAGAUCAGUGGGGAAAGCUGUGACCACUGCCUAUGUUAGCCUGGGAAAUUCAAAUGACUCCCCUAGCCUUGCAAAGACAGAAGGAGUCUUGGGAGAAGUCUUUGAUCACUUUCUGAUGUGGGGCUACGAUUAAGAAAGACACUGAUCUUUGCAGAUCUUCCUCCAUUCUGCCAAGAAGUUUUCCAGAAGUGGAGUGACCAGGGUGUAUGUGUGCAUCACUAGACUUGCACACAGGAGAGCUGCCUAUUGCUUAAUGUGUUCUCUGCCCCACCUCCCUGCGGUACUGCACUUCACUUACCUCUUAGGAUGACAGUCAUCCUAAGGGGGAGGUGUAUCCCCAUAGCAGGGUUGGCACUUUCCUUGUCUCUCCCCAUCACCCCUUCCAUGCAGGUCAUGUAAUUCUGAUGGGGAAAAACAGGAACCUAGGCUGUAUUUCUCCUUCCGGCUUGCUUCCCGGGAGCACACUUUCUUAGAAAGGCUCCCCUCACGCUGGUCAUCUCGGCUAUUCAGCAGCUUCCCUCUCAACCUCUGACCUUGGGAUUGAACAUGGAGCAGGGCAUGAGACUGAGAUCACUGUGACCACCUGAAGAGUCAUCCUCUAAUGCUUUCAAGGUCCUCUGGGGCCCCUUUUGGAAAUAUAUCCAGAAACUUCCUUGGAAGAUGAGUGAGAUGCAUGAAACAAACUCUGCCUGCCUGGGGAAGAACUGUCUUUGGCAUGAAAUUGCAACGCCAAGGAGGUGAAUCUUCUGCAGAGAGACUGGGAAGUAGAAUAAGAACCUGGAAAGAGACUGCUUACUAUGUGAACUGGAUCACGGAGAAUGUGAUGGAAAUUCUAGGGAGUAGUCUCCCAGCCUGUGGUUUUUGGACUCACCGCAUUUCUAAACCUUUGGCUUGAAGAAAUGAAAGAACACACAUAGUUGCAGGUUCUGGAGCACAUUUGUAGUUGAGAGCGAGCUACAGUAGUCUGCUCUUGUGGGGUGCUGGGCCUUUAAGCUAAUGCUAAGGUUCCAGCCUUUGCUAUCCUGUCUAAUAACUUCGUAGAUCUCUUCCUCAGUGACAGCUAGACAAGGCCAAGAGAGCUUUGCGUCCUGCUGGUAUAAGAGCCCACUGCCCCAGAUGGUGUGUAUGUGUGCAAGUGAGGGCAACCUGUCUGUUUAAAUCCUCUGGACAGUGUCCUUUAGAGCCUCACACCCAGGAGAUCUGGUGGAAUUUCACUGUCGGCAACUCUGAGGCCUCAAGUAGGUGUUCCUUGUUAUGGUCAGGCCAUCCCUCUCAUCCCCACUGGUGGAAACACCCCUCUCAACUAAAGCUGCCAGAAUGAUCAAAUUCUCACACAGGGUAUUUUAAAUAAUGUUUACACAGGAAUGUGCUCCUGCUGCCAACUCGACUGUGACUUGACGUGCAUCCACAUUAGAACAGCACAGGGUUAAGGAAACAGGGACAGUUCUGAGAGGGGCCUUCUUGCUAUUUCCACAAUGUCCAGGAGAAAGACUGUGGUGACCAAGACUGCAGUGAUGUGUCCUCAUGAGGACCCUGGAGUUCAUGCCAAGAAGGGUGAGGGGCAGAGAUGGAGGGUGGCUUCCUCACAUACAUGGGAAGGAUGGCAGCAACACUGGAGUCUCCUGGAUUUUAGUGCCAAGUUAGGAUAUGUAGGCACAUAUGCUAAGGAAAGCCACGGCUGUGUUUAUGGCACUCCUGUGGAGUAUGUAGGAGGGGGGGAGGUUGAAAUAGAGAGAAAUGAGCUGUACCUGUCCCCUGUAGAGAUGGCUUCCUAUGGGGUGGUACCCUCCUCACAUCCUUAUGUCCCACUUUCCACAAAAGGCACAGAGGCUUCUGCUCUGAGGCCCAUGUCUAGGCACUUUGGCUAUUCCAACCAAGAGGAUGGUCUGUGAAGAAACCAAGAGAAAUGUUUACAACAUCUAGAGCAAUAUCUGAGCUUACCUCAUCCUUCACCCCACCCACCCCCAAGCCUCCCAGUCCCCCUUCAUGCCCGUCUCCUCUUCCUCCAGCCCUCAUCUGCCUCACUAGCUUGGCCCCACUGGGCCACUUCUUCCAUUAAAUGUCUUCCUUUGCUCUCCACACUGGCUGGAGCUGUGGGCUGCCUUCCCAGCUCUGGUUUCUCUGGGCCAGGGCAGGUCAGGGCUGGGACCCUGGGUAGCACCUUCCCUCCUGGAGCAACUGUGAGAUUUCUCCUGCCCUGCACAGACGGGAUAGAAUCAGUGGCAUUGUGGACUACAGUCAGGGGAGCUCUGGGGUGAGGAAGGCUCCUCUGAGCAGAACUUAGGGAACUACAGCACACACAAGAGUUACUCAGAAAGCCUGCAGGGAGCUGAUUCUCAGACCUCACCAGAGAUGCUGACCUUGUAGACCUAGAGUAGGACCCUGAAAUCUACAUUUGGGUGUGCAUAGUGACCCUAUUUUGAAAAGACACAGGUUGAGAUAUUAGAUGUCCACUGGAAUGGCCUGGGCAGCUUUAAAAACCAAGGCUUAAGUCCCUCCACCCCCCAGAACAUUCAGGGAUGUGGGACCCCAGGUCCUGGUGUGUUUAGAGGUUCACAGUUGAGUCUGAGGUGCCUGGGAGGUUGGCACUGGCCCCAGUGGAGAGGAGGAACACAGCUUAGCAUAAUGCAGAGGUGUGGGGCCUGGGAGGUAACUCUGUGGUGGCAUAUGUGCCAUCCAUUUGAAAAGUCCUGGUCCAAUCCUGGUACCCCUAAAAUAAAUAAUACAGAUGUAGAUAAGCAAAUAAGCACAAUAAUGGGAAGGAGACUCAGGAUGUCUCGAGACCUCUGUGUCCUGGCAGCCUGACUGGUAACUUUGACAUCAACUGGUUCAGCUCCCGUUGUAGGCAUCCAGGAGCUGAGUGGGCACUUGGUUCAGAGAUGUUUGGCCAAGUCUCCCUGGCCUAUUCACAAUGAUUCCCUUGUCCCCCCCCCCCCACACACACACACAAUGUUUUUCUGCUCCUGUUACUGUUAUUGUGUUUGGCCAAUUCAGGUUAGCUAUGCCUCUGUCCCCAGGGCCAUGUAACAUAGUAGCUGGAACUCAGGUAGUGAGCGUGGGGUGUGUGUAGAAUAAUAGUGGUAGCACAAUUACGUCUAAGUCUUGUUGGUGAGUGUCAGCUCCAGGAAGGAUUGAGCUCUCUGGGGAUUCUCAAAGGCCUGGGAUGGGGUUGAGGGUGUGACUUCCAGUUUUGGUCUUGUGCCCCUACCCUCCUUUGUCUCUUGCAUCUUGGGUUGGAGAGGCAACUGGAAGGUUCCUAGUUGAUAACUCUCUGGUGCUCUCCCCAGAACUUGCUGCUCUGAAACAACCAAAGCUGGGAAAUGUGUCUGCCCGAGCUCCACUCAGCCCCAGAGCUGGCCUUGGGUGCUUGUCCUGGCAGGCCCGGGCCCCAGGUCCUACCUAGACAGCACAGGGAAAGCUUCACCCUGCUGUGAGAGCUAAAGAAGAGGGUGGGAAUGGGGAAUGCCCAGAGGAAAGAGUGUGAAUCAGGGAAAAACAGCAGUUGAUAAGGUCUCUGAUCUUUGUGGACCAGAGAGAAAGCUGAAGGGCACAUCCAAAGAUGGGGUGGUCCCCAUCCUCUAUGGAGUCCUGGACAUUCCUUGAACUUGCCUGUGCCACUUCCAAACUAGACUGUCACUCACAUCUUCACCUGAGACUGUCCUCCCCUAGGUCAUGUGUCACCCCCUCUAAAUCUGAACUGCACAGGGUUAGACACAAGAGCGGUGGUGGUUACCCCUGGCAUUGAGAGCCUGUACCACAUGGCAUGAGAGGGUGGAGGGAGAAGCCAUGAGCAGCUCUGACCUCUCUGAGUCUGCGUGAGGCCGCGGUUCAAGACUUGAGACAGCAGGAUAGGGCCACAGGCCUUCCUUCCCAAGUUUGGGAUCAGGGUCCUCUUGAUGAACUGCCCCUUCCUGCUCCCAUUCAACCCUCCUGCUCCCUCCCCUCUGCCAGGGGUGGGAAAGGUGGCCAGGACCUGGGCACUGCCACCACCUCAAUGACUUUAGCUGAGCACACGGUCCACACUGCCCGGCUGACAGAGUCCUGGUGGAGCUGUUUCCUUGCUGUGCAAAGUGGGUUGAUGCCACUCCCCCAACUAUACACCAGGCUGUGAGAACCUAAUAAACAACCUGAUCACGC